AGAGAGAGGAACUAAGUUCAGUCAAUGACAAAGAUUCAGUCAGAUAAGUGGAUUUGCAGGUGCCGCAGCAUGCUUGUUAUGUCUGCGUGAUUUGCUGACUGAAGCUCCAUCGUAUAACGGGCAAUACCAGAUUUCUGUCAUGAAAGUGGCAUCUUUCAACAUCCAGAGGUUUGGGGAGAAUAAAGUGUCAGACAGAGAGGUUCUCUCCACUCUCAUCAAGAUUGUAUCCCGUUAUGGCAUCAUCCUGAUCCUGGAGGUGGUCGAUGUGAAAGGAGUGGCCAUGAGCACAUUCCUCACAGAGCUGAAUAAGGUCAAUAAAAAGCAUCCCUACACAAUGGCGAGGAGCCCACCACUUGGCCGGAAAUCCUACAAAGAGCAGUUCAUGUUCCUCUACCGAGAGGACCUGGUGACUCUGAGGGACACCUACCAGUAUGAGGACAUGCAGGAGGGAGAUGAGGACGCCUUCGCCCGGGAGCCAUACAUCCUGCGAUUUACCUGCCUGAACACAGUUCUGAAGGACCUGGUGAUGAUCCCCGUGCACACCAAGCCUGAAGACUCAGAAAAGGAGCUGGAUGAGCUCUACGAUGUCUUUCAGACCGUGAAGAAGAAGUGGAAGACUGAUGACAUCAUGAUCCUGGAAGACUUCAAUGCUGGGGGCCGUUAUGUGUCCAAGAGAAAGAUGAACAGAAUCAGAAUCCGCAGAGACAGGGACUUCCAUUGGCUGAUCCAGGAUGACGUGGACACCACAACCAAUGCAGGAAACGACCACACCUAUGACAGAAUCCUGGUUUAUGGGGACGAUAUGUUGGAAGCCAUAGAACCAAACUCAGCCCAGCCGUUUGAUUUCCAACAAGCCUUUGGCCUGACUGAAGACAUGGCUCUGAGUAUAAGUGACCACUACCCUGUGGAAGUGAAGCUGAAGGCAAAGAGAAGACGAAGACUUCCAGUGAACCACAGAGCUGUGAAAAGAACCCGCAAAUGAAGAGCAAUGCUGAGGAAGAGGAGGAGGACACAGAUGAACGGGAAUCAUACGUCACAUUCUUUGAUAGAUUGAGCUUUUUGCUAAAUUAAAAUAGAAUACACAGAUAUGCAUGGUACUUGAAAUCUAUCAGGAUUUUGCAAUAAAUUCUCAUGACUUUUUUCCACCGGGGGCUGAAAGUCUUGGUUGGAAGGCUGUAGCAUGUAAAUGACUUAAUAACUGGCUGCAUCACCUUCAGAGCAAUAACUAAUACAUUCAGAUAAAUUGGUAUGUUUUCCAGCAUUAACUGUUUGUUUCACGCCCUACCACAGCAUCUCUAUUGGGUUCAAUUCAAUUCUGGGCCACUCCAAAACUUUACUUUUGUUUCCUUUGUGGACUUUUUGCAUCAUUGGGCCUCGUGCACAUAAAAUCUACGCAUAUUCAACCCAUAUAAAAAAUCCAGAAAUAAUGAAUUCUAUUUUUAUUAUGUUUUUCAAAUUUUUCAACUGUUUCUCAAUAGGUUUUUAAUUUCAUUCAGGGUUUUAUUCAAUUCUUCUCCACCUGAGAAAGAAAUGUGCUCCCUACCAUGCUCUAAAUGUUCUUGUAUGGUUAUGGAAGUGCUUCUCCUUUCAUGCAUCUCUGUUUCGAUGCCGAAUAUGCCAAUUAUGUAUCUGACCAGAGCAUGCCAUUUUGGCCUCAUUUUGGUCAUUUAGAUAGAACCUGUGGUCAAAUGAGGCCAAAUUGAACAUUAUGGUCAGACCCAGCAUUGGCAUGUUUGGCACUGAAACAGGUGCAUAAAAUGAGAGGCACCUCAUACCCACAGUGGAAUAUGGUCUGUGAUGUUUUAGGGCUGUUUAAGAUCAAUGGGAUAAUGGAUUCCAGCAAGUAUCAGACAAUUUUGGCAGACAAUCUGGUUGCCUCUAUCACAAGGCUGAGACUUGACAGUAGGUGAACAUUCCAGCAAGACAAUGACCCAAGAAGUCCACUCAGAAAUGGUUCUGUGAUAACAAAUUCCACGUUCAAUAACCGAUAAGCUCAAACCCCAGAAUGUGAAGGAUCUUGCAAGCAUCUGCACAGGGGAAUGGUCCAAAAUUGUUUUCCUUAACCUUGUCAAGCAUUCCAGAACAUUGACCAUGGCACUUGAUUGUACUGGUCAGGUACUUGAAGCUAUGUUGUGUUGUCUAUGUAUUGGAUUGUUUGUGGCCUGUGUUGCCGGAACCUCUAUUAUCAGUAUUGUGUUGUUUGUAGCCUGUAUUGUGUGACUGCUUGUUUUUUUUUUUUUUUACCAAAGGCUAAUUUCCACCUGUCUUUCUUAAUUAUUAUAUAUGUUUAUAUGUUUUUUUUUUUUAGAUAAGUAUUUGUGGCCCACUUAUGAGAAAAUGUUUAUUUGGAUUGCAUUAAAUAAAAGAAUUAAAUAAACUAA